GAGUCACAGGUACCACUGGGGACGCCAUGUUGUGAGAGGAAGUACAGCACUGAGUGUGUAAGGGACUAGUAGCUGCCCUGGAUCGGCACGCAUUCGUUAGUCAUCGGGCAUCUGGUCAAGUUCUGUGGCAGCUACAAGAAGCUGUUGCGUUCUCUGCUCCACUGAGACCUGUGUGGGAAGCCUCGGGGCGCAGCGGUGCUAGCUCAGCGGGGAAGAUGCCGCUGGCGCAGCUGGCGGACCCGUGGCAGAAACUGCCGGUGCAGAAAGUAGAGAGCGAGAAUGGACAACAGUUCAUGGAAGAAUCGAUGUGUGAAGAGGACACUGAAAGCAAUGAAGAAGGGAAUAUAAAUGAAAUUGCAAUCACACACCACGUGAAAGAAGGCUAUGAGAAAGCAGACCCUUCUCAGUUUGAACUUUUGAAGGUACUUGGACAGGGCUCUUUUGGAAAGGUAUUUCUGGUGAGGAAAAUCUCAGGAUCCGAUGCAGGACAAUUGUAUGCUAUGAAAGUAUUAAAAAAAGCCACUCUUAAAGUUCGAGAUCGUGUUAGAACAAAAAUGGAGCGUGAUAUUUUAGUUGAAGUUAAUCAUCCGUUUAUUGUCAAAUUGCACUAUGCUUUCCAAACAGAAGGCAAACUAUACCUAAUUUUGGAUUUUCUCAGGGGAGGGGAUUUAUUUACUCGCUUAUCCAAAGAGGUCAUGUUCACAGAAGAAGAUGUGAAGUACUACCUGGCAGAAUUGGCACUUGCUUUAGACCACCUUCAUACUCUUGGAAUAAUAUAUCGUGACCUUAAGCCAGAAAACAUAUUGCUUGAUGAAGAAGGCCACAUAAAGUUAACAGAUUUUGGCCUUAGUAAAGAGUCUGUUGACCAUGAAAAAAAAGCCUAUUCUUUCUGUGGCACUGUAGAAUACAUGGCUCCAGAAGUAGUUAAUAGACGGGGGCAUACACAAAGUGCGGAUUGGUGGUCUUUUGGUGUUCUUAUGUUUGAGAUGCUUACUGGUACGUUACCCUUUCAAGGAAAAGACCGAAAAGAAACUAUGACCAUGAUUCUGAAGGCCAAGCUUGGGAUGCCUCAAUUUCUAACUCCAGAGGCUCAGAGUUUACUGCGCAUGUUGUUCAAGAGAAACCCCACUAACAGAUUAGGAGCUGGUCCAGAUGGUGUUGAAGAAAUUAAGAGGCACCCUUUUUUCUCAACAAUAGAUUGGAAUAAAUUAUACAGGAGAGAGAUACAGCCGCCUUUUAAACCAGCAACAGGUGGACCAGAAGACACUUUUUAUUUUGACCCAGAAUUCACAGCAAAAACACCAAAAGACUCUCCUGGUAUUCCAGCAAGUGCCAACGCACACCAGCUUUUCCGAGGUUUUAGCUUUGUAGCAAUUUCUUCUGAAGAGGAAAACCAGGCUAUGCAAACAGUUGGGGUUCAUGGCAUUGUUCCGCUUCACAGAAACAGCAUCCAGUUUACCGAUGGAUAUGAACUUAAAGAAGAUAUUGGGGUUGGCUCGUAUUCUAUCUGUAAAAGAUGCAUUCACAAGGGUACCAAUACGGAAUAUGCAGUAAAGAUUAUUGACAAGAGUAAAAGGGAUCCUACUGAGGAAAUUGAAAUUUUGCUACGUUAUGGACAGCAUCCAAAUAUUAUUACCUUAAAAGAUGUUUAUGAUGAUGGGAAAUAUGUGUAUCUUGUUACCGAAUUGAUGAAAGGAGGGGAGCUUUUAGACAAAAUACUUCGGCAAAAAUUCUUCUCUGAAAGAGAGGCUAGUGCUGUGCUUCACACGAUAACUAGAACAGUUGAAUACCUCCAUUCCCAGUGGGUUGUCCACAGGGAUCUAAAGCCAAGCAAUAUUCUUUAUGUGGAUGAGUCUGGAAAUCCAGAGUCAAUUAGAAUAUGCGACUUUGGCUUUGCAAAGCAACUCAGGGCAGAAAAUGGUUUGCUGAUGACUCCUUGCUAUACUGCUAAUUUUGUCGCUCCCGAGGUUUUAAAGCGUCAAGGGUAUGAUGCUGCUUGUGACAUCUGGAGCCUGGGGGUUCUACUUUAUACUAUGCUGACUGGUUAUACUCCUUUUGCAAAUGGACCUGACGACACACCUGAAGAGAUACUUGCAAGGAUAGGGAGUGGGAAGUUCUCCCUAAGUGGUGGUUACUGGAAUUCUGUUUCUGAUAUUGCCAAGGAUUUGGUAUCAAAGAUGCUUCAUGUGGAUCCACAGCAAAGAUUAACUGCUGCCCAGGUACUAAAGCAUCCCUGGAUAGUACACUGUGACCAGCUGCCUCAGUACCAACUGAAUAGACAGGAUGCUCCACAUUUAGUAAAGGGGGCUAUGGCAGCUACUUACUCUGCUUUAAACCUCAAUCCAUUGUCUCCAGUGCUGGAACCUGUUGGUCGCUCCACUCUUGCUCAGCGGAGGGGUAUAAAGAAAAUUACCUCAACAGCCCUGUGAAAGUGACCUCGGAUGUCAACAUAGUAUUAGAGCUGAAGUUUCCCAGCCCUAUAUCAAGUAAACAGAGAGCACAUAUCGAAAAGACACUCCGGCGGACACAUACUGACUACCCUGGAUGGUUCUUAUUGUUAAUGCUGCUGCUUUUGUCUGUUCUCGCUUUAAAUUGUUGAUGGCAACCCAUCUACCUUAUUGACUCUUGAGCAACGGUUAAAUAGGAAACCAUAAGCUGACCAUUCAUCAAGGAGCAAAAAGACUUACCUCCUCCCAAUAUGGAAAAUAAAACACUGAAAAUAAACAUCUAGAUCAAAUAGCAUUAUUUUAUAAGAGUAAUCCACCAAUAAAAUGGCUAUAAUUUUA